AUGUCGGGAUUCAUUGGACGAAUUGAAUAUUUUAAUACUGGUGAUAAUUUUAAUAGUUAUAUUGAACGACUUAAUCAUUUGCUUAAGCUCAAUAAAAUAACGACAGACGAUGAUAAGGUUUCGUUUUUAAUCGGUGUCGGAGGAGGUGAUUUGUAUAAUAUAUCGAAAACAUUGGUGGCUCCAAAAAAGCCAGAUGAUCUAAAAUAUGACGAGCUUGUACAAAAAUUGGUAGCACAUUUUGAGCCCAAGAAAAAUAUUACCGCUGAGCGUUAUAAAUUUUUAAAUAGAAACCAAGAACUAGAUGAAAGUGUCUCAGAUUUUAUUGUUGCUAUUAAGCAGCUGGCAGAAGGUUGUAAAUACCUUGAGUUUUUAAAUGAAGCUUUGAAAGAUCGUCUACUCAUGGGACUCAAGAACAAACGAAUACAGUCCAAAUUAAUCGACGCUGAUGAAUUAACAUGGGAAAAAGCAUGUGAAAUAGCUUUGAAUAUGGAGCUAAUCGAGACAGAGAUGGCGAAUAUGAGUGGUGGUUCGGCAGUGGCUGUAAAUUCGGUGAGGAAAAAACGUAGUGAUGGUGACAGAGAUUCCAGGAGUACAACAGUACGACCCCUCGGUGAGCAUGCGGUUCGUGGUAAUUCAAGGUCAAGAAUGAGAAAUUUUGAUAAGUUACAAUGUCAUUUUUGUAAAAAGUGGGGACACACACAGAAAUAUUGUUAUAUGAAAAACCGUAAUAACAGUUAUUUUAGAAAUCGUUCAAAGAGUAGAAAUAGAAAUAAUUCGUAUAAUGCUCAAAGAAACAAAAUCAGUGCAGUUAAUGAUUCUGAUGUUGAAGAAAACUCAGGUUUAGGUUAUUUAAAUAACGUGAUAUAUGAUAACAGUAGUGCAUUAUUUAUACAUGUAAUAUGUAAUGGCAAGCAAUUGAAGAUGGAAAUUGAUUCUGGUGCAUGCACGUCUGUUAUGCACAUAAGCACAUGGAAAUCACUGUACCCAAAUACAGAAAUAAAAGAAUAUAAUAGAAAUCUUAACGUCAUUUCAGGGGGAAAAGUCGAUAUAGUAGGUUGUGCGAUGGUGAAGGUCAAAUUAACACUGGAAGGUGAUGAGUUUGAGUUGGAGUUGGUUGUUAUCGGUGGUCCUAAGGUGUUUAUUCCAUUGCUAGGAAGGUCAUGGUUGGACAGGAUAGUUCCAUUGUGGAGGGAUAAAAUUGUAUCUGGGAACAAGUUGAUUGCUAAGGUGGAGGUCACACAAAAAUGCGUUACAGAUCUUUUUACUAAAUAUCCAAAUUUUUUUAAGGGUGAAAAAACAGUAGCCAUCCAGAGGUUUAAAGCAAAUAUAUUGCUUGAUGAAAACACAGUUCCAGUUUUUUGUAAGCCUUAUUCCCUUCCAUUUGGAGUCAAGGAUAGGGUGAAGAAAGAGUUAGAUAGGUUGGUGGCAGAAAAUAUUAUAUACCCGGUCAAAUACAGCAAUUGGGCUUCUCCAAUCGUUGCGGUAGAAAAACCAAGCGGUGAAGUUCGACUAUGUGUUGACUGUAAGGGUACCAUUAACCCUUAUGUACGAACAAAUCAUUAUCCUUUACCCAAAAGUGAAGAUAUUUUCGUUGCAAUGGCGGGUUGCGCUGUUUUUAGUGUUUUGGAUUUAGAGGGGGCUUACCAGCAAGUUGAAGUAGAGGACUCUUGCCAAGAGUUUCUCACAAUCAAUACAGAUUGGGGGCUGUUUAGGUAUAGAAGGCUAAUUUUUGGUGUAAAGUGUGCAUCAGCAAUUUUUCAAGAUAUUAUGGAUAAAAUUUUGAAUGGGUUAUCAAAAGUAAAGUGCUAUAUUGAUGAUAUAAUUAUAGGAGGAGCGAAUUUCGAUGAAUGCAAAAAUAAUUUAAGGAAGGUUUUAGAAAGGUUAAAUGAAUUCAAAGUCAGGGUUAAAUAUGAGAAGUGUAGAUUUUAUAAAAAUGAAAUCGACUAUUUGGGUCACAUAAUAAGUGAAGAUGGCAUUAAGCCAAGUACAAAGAACUUAGAAGCCAUAAAAAACGCUCCCCAACCUCAAAAUCUUACUCAAUUGAAAUCAUAUUUAGGUCUCUUAAAUUAUUAUUCCCGAUUUAUUCCAAAUUUGUCUACUGAACUGAGAUCUCUAUAUGAAUUAACGAAAAAGGAAGUAGCAUUUGAGUGGUCCAGUAAAUGUGAAGAGGCAUUCAUAAGAAGUAAAACCCUCAUUUUGCAAAAUAAUAUUUUAGCACAUUAUGAUCCUAGUAAGGAAAUAGUAUUGCAUUGCGAUGCAAGUCCGUACGGGGUCGGGGGAAUUUUAUCCCAUAUAAUUAAUGGUAUUGAAAGACCCGUACUUUUCGCAUCAAGCACUUUAAGCUCUUCUGAGCAAAAUUAUUCGCAAUUACACAAAGAGGCCCUAGCUAUAAUAUUUACAGUGAAAAAAUUUCAUAAAUACAUUUAUGGAAGAACUUUCACUAUAUAUUCGGACCAUCAACCUUUGCGGGAGAUUUUUAAUCCUAAGAAAUCUACGCCAGCUGUUGCGGCAGCUAGAAUUCAUAGGUGGGCUGUUUUUCUUAGCACAUAUCAAUACAAAAUUGAGUACAAGAAGGGUUCUCAAAUGAGCAACGCCGAUGGACUUUCCCGUCUUCCAUUACUGUAUGCUACAGGUCUAGAAAAUGAUAGCAUAAAAGCCAUACGUUCAACGAAUUACAUGAAUAUAAAUUUUGAAGAUGUUCGUCAAGAAACCGAAAGAGACUGGGAGUUAAAAAGUGUUCUCAGUAUGAUUCAAAAUGGUUUUCCCAGUUUAGUUCAGCAUAAUCUUAAAAUAUAUGUUCAAAAAAAGUUUUCUUUGUCACGAGAAGGAGGCUGUUUAUUUUAUGGAGAACGUCUUAUUAUCCCUAGAACAUUGAGAGAUUCAAUUUUAACUUUAUUGCAUGAUACGCACAUAGGAGUUGUGAGGAUGAAGAUGUUAGCUAGACAAUAUUUUUGGUGGCCUGGCAUCGAUGGCGACAUCGAGAGCCACGUUUUUAAUUGCAAAGCUUGUGUUUACUCUAGUAACAAACCCGUGUCUAGCCAUCAUCAACCGUGGCCAGAAUCGAAUUCAUUUUUUGAGCGAGUAUUGCCAAAGUGCGUCCAUUCAUUUGACUCGAAUUGCAGCAGGCAAAACUUGAAGGAACCCAACACCAAACCAUCAUCAUCGUCAUCAUACCAUCACUAUCCACCAUAUCGCCGUCGUCAUAGUCAUCGUCACUGA